GCAGCAACAACAGCAGCAGCAACAUAUGACUCAGCAAGAUCAACAGCAGCAGCAGAAUAUGACUGAUCCCCAGCAACAACAAAUAGCUGAUCCCCAACAACAGCAAAGAAUGAAUGAUCCCCAGCAACAACAAAGAAUGACUGAUCCUCAACAACAGCAGAGCAUGACUGAUUCACAACAGCAGCAAGGAAUGACUGAUCCCCCUACGUCCCAAGUAAUUGCAAUAACUCCAGUUGGAGAAGAGAUUGUUGUGAGCGCUCCCCCGCCUCAGCAACCUGAAGAUGAUGAAGAUUCUGAUGAUAGUAUGGAUCCUGAUGUCAGAUGCAAAAAUAUCCCGAGAAAUGUUGUACUGCUUGGCGAUGCUAACAACCACAGCGUAUCUAUAGGUCAAAAUACAGUCAAGUCUCGGCCAAUAUCCAAUAAAAAGGUACCUGUUGUGUGCAAUCUCUGUUUCGAGACCCUCCCCUCAAAAGAAGACCUCAAGAUCCACAUGAGGAUACAUAUAGCACCGAAGCCUUUCACAUGUGGAAUUUGCAGUCGUGGGUUCAACCAGGAAAGCCAUCUUAAGAUGCAUAAUUUACGAAUGCACCCCCAGACCCAGCUGACCGUUCAACCAUAUCAGUGUUCUGUGUGUUCCAAAGGAUAUUCAACAGCAGGGGGGCUUAGAUCACAUAUGAAGACACACACUGGAGAGAAACCAUUUGGUUGUCAAAUGUGUGAUAAGAGAUUCGCCCAUAAAGCUGAUUUAGUGACGCAUACACGUAGACACACAGGUGAGCGUCCGUUCCCCUGUAAAAUAUGCAAUAAGCGAUUCCUACGGAAGUACGAUGUAGAGAAACACAUGCAAACCCAUACUGGAGAUAAACCGUUUAAAUGUGAGAUGUGCCCUUUAAGUUUUGCGCAGCAAUAUCAAUGGAAUUUACAUGUUUUGAGAAAACACACAGAUGCAACAACCAAAAAACUCGCCCUUGCUAAGGUGUCUGUCAUGUGCCCAGUCUGCAUGAAAAAUUACUCAUCAAAGCAUGUACUAAAAAUACAUAUGAGGACCCACACUGGAGAGAGACCCUAUAAAUGCCAAGUGUGUGAUAAAGGGUUUGUUCAGAAGUCUGACUGUAUCAUUCACAUGCGAAUACAUACUGGCGAGAAGCCAUACGAGUGUGAGCUAUGCCCCCAGAAGUUUUAUCGUUCUAACCAUCUUCACAGACAUGUUAAGACUACUCACUAAUUUUUAAGGCUUAAUGAUAAUGGGAUAAGUAUAUUCUAUCCUGCUUCUGUUUGCCCAGCAGAUGGUAGAAAUCUCAAUAGAAAGACUCAGUUGAGUUUUUCAGAAGACCUAAUGGGCACACAAAUUUUGAAGUCCAUCGACCUGGCCCAGGAAUUUUUCUUGCCUGAAUAGUCUUUUAUCUAGCUUUACAAAAGUGUUGACUCUUUAUAGUAUUGUAUUUCUGUGUUUGUAUUUUGAUCAAAUAUUGAAUACUUUUAGAAUUAGUAGAUUUUGCUACUGUAGUAUAUGCAAUUGUUUUUUAUUAAGGUUGAGAAGUAUUUUCUAUACCCAAUGUGUUCUUUUAAAAUGUCUAAGCAUAAAAAAGCAUGGCCCAUAUGGCCAUGCAAAUGUAUUCAUUGUUAAGAUUGUGCUGAUGCCUUCUACGACGGCAUUGUAGAAUUGGUGCUUUUUUGUAUUUAAAUUUAUAAACUGGUUUAUAUAGAAAUAUUGUUAUGAAAUUGUGCAAUGGUAAAAUAAUCAAUUAGGUACUAUAAACUAUAUUAGAUUUUAUUCAUUUAUUUUUAAGAUUUCAGUUUUUUUCAUUUCAAAUAAUGAAUUACUCUUUCAGAAUUUCAUCAAUUUUGCCAGUUGAUAUAAAAACAGUGAUUGUUUUAUAGAGGGGUCAAUAGUUAAUAACUACCAUAAAGAGGAAAGAAAACCCAGGGUUCAAAGAUGAACUCAACUUCAAUGGAAAUUUAUAGAGAGAUGACCCCCAUCACUGAUUGGUCAAACGGCAUAGGACGUACAAAAAUAAAAUGGUGGAUUCAGAAUUUUGUAAAAACUCUUUGAAUAAAAUAGAGUUAAUUUUUGGCAUAUUUAUCAAUAUCGAUUAAAAUAUCACAUCGAUAGGUGGUAUUCAGUGGAAAUUCAGACAAAUGAAGAUGGUAAGCAAAAGUUGUAAUUAUGAGGUUAUCUGUGACCUCUUGGGUUUCCCCUCCUCUUAUAUUUUUAAUUCAUACUGAUAUGUAAUGUAAAUCAAUAGACUUGAACAUAUUCUCUUUUUAAAAAUAUCACAGCUUGGAAGAAAUUCCUUUUCUAGUAAGGAGUACAUGUUCUAAAUUGAAAAAUACCACUUGCACCUUCUUUCUAUAUGAACAAUUUUUAACUUAAAUAAUUACAGGGAUUAUGUCAAAAUCUUUUGAUUGUGAAAAUUACACACUAUUAUGAAUUAAAAUAUUUUAGGGUUAUGAUAUGAUGAGAAUUACAGCUAUUGGCCCUUUUAGAUUCACAAGCUAUGAUAUGAUGAGAUUUACAGCUAUUGGCCCUUUUCACAAGCAGUAUUAUAUUGAUGGACCUACCUGUAUGUAUGUGCAAUGUUUGAAUAGUGGAAUGUUCUAUAUGCAAUGAACUUGUAAACAUGGAUUAAUUAAAUUCACGUUGAAUGUACUAAUGUACUUGCGAUUUUUAUCUUCAAAUUGAGAAAGCAGACUCAGUUAGAGAAUUCUAGAAUAAAUUUAUUAAAAUCAUUGAAUUAUCUGCUCCUCUAAGAACUAUCAUGAAAUAGAUGGGAUUUUUUACGAUCAGAUCUCCAUGGUUUUGUACCCAUCUCCUAAUAAUAUGCAAAUAUUUCAUGCGAGAUGUAUUCCACGAUUCCUGAAUGAUUUAAAGUGCAACAUCUCUUCACCAAAAAUAGAAUGAAAUACUUGUUUUCCUCACUUUCUAAUGGCUCAAUCGAUGGCUUCUUAUUUUGGGUCUCAUGUUUGAAAUUGACCAAUCAGAGAAUUGGAAAUAUGACAGUUAUUUUUUCUUUCAAAUAGUGGCUCUCAUUGAAUCUCAAUUUUUUACACUUUGCAUAAAUUGAACUGUCCAAAAAAAUGAUGCAUGGUAGCCUAGGGCCAUCCAAGUUCGCCAGGCUCAAUGUCUGCUUGG